AUGUUAACGAGCCGAAUGCCGCACAAAUACACACACAAAUAGACCCUGUCCCCGAUCCCCUUUCUCCGUAUGGCUUCAAGUGAUAAUGCAAUUGACCAAUCAGUGGUAAGACGAUGGGAGGUAAUUGGGUAAUUGUAUUUUACUCAUCAGAGAAGCAAGUAGGAAAGGGUGCUAUGGGAGAAUUCGAGGAGACCAACAAGAGAAUUGCACAUGCUCACGCUAAACAGAGAGACGGUCGAUACGUCGAGGGGGAGAGAGGGAGUAUUUUCUGCUUAAACUGCAACCUGCGAACCUCCGGCAACAGCACUAGUCGCCUCGGACGCAGCAGUGGAUUACAAAACGCCGUGGUCUGAGCGAGGUAGCCGAUGUGUAGAGACGGAGGGAAUUGCCAUCUCCCCAGCAUCGUGCGCUGAGCGCGAUUACGUCUCCCCUUUUUAUUACCUCUGUUUUUCCGGACUUGCGGUAUGUAUCGGUGCGUUGAAUGAUGUAAAUGCAGACGCAGUGAGGUUUCUUAGAUAACGAGCACCGUUCUGAGGAUUCUGUGAAUGCGUAAGGUCUGUUAAGCAGCUCUGUUCGCAUUGAUAACAGUCUUAGCAGCCGCAGCGUUCUACGGCCAUCAGGAACAGGGACACUAUCAACUUGUGGAUUUUCGUGAAAUAUCCUCCUCUGUCAUCUCCGUGGAUUGCUUGAACAUGGGGUCUACGAGAUGCCACUAAAAUGCUAAAGACGACAAUUCAAGACGAGUUAGAGAGCAUUUUGGGGGGGUAUAUCUGUCGAAUGUGACCCUUGAUGGAUGUUUCUCGCGACGCUUUGAUACGUCUUGGGACAGAAACCGUGGAACUAUAAAUGUGACACGUACCGUCUUGCGGUUUAUCUGAUGAUUAGCUAAUCAGUGAUAGGGGAAAGGGGGGCAUAUUUCAAUACCGUGAAUAAAACCUAGUACAUAUUCUUAGCAGCUUGGCAGAAUAAAUGUGCAAUGUCAGUCCUAUUUUUAGAGAGGUGCCAGGAUUCCUUAGCUAAACGCUUUAAACGAUUGCGGAGCAUAUCCAGAAAAUGCAAUAUUUUGUAGGUUGAAGAUUUGCCCGGCGCCAAUGUGUUCCCCGUUGGAUCCGUACUGAGAAUUUAGACGAUGACACGCGCAGCAACAUUUCGAGGCAUAAGGAGGGAUUCGAAUCUGGGAAUCCGCACUAGGCUGUGAGGAGAAAUCUAAUCAGAUUCCGCGCGGUCGGAGAGCCGCGAGGAAAACGGAGAGAAAAGUUGCGUCGAAAAACAGCCGGAAAGGAACGGAAAACCCGGCGGACUUUGGCAAAGGCUACGAGGAUGGUGUGCGGAAGACUAUGACGGGGGUUCGGAAAGCGUCCAGAUUCGGAUUUGGUUGGUGUGAGACCUGGCCGAGAUCUGAAGAGACCCACUGUGAAAGCCUAUUUGAAUGAGGGAAAAAAUAAAGUACGAAGCCGCGCGCUGGCGAGAAUAAGGAUGCGUUUUCGACGAAACGGUCUCUGACUCCAGAUCGGAUAAAUAAAAAAAAAAGCAACCGGUGCAUCUCGGCCGGGUUUUGCCCCGUCCAAAUUCCAGUGUAAAGGAAGCGCUUGUGGGCGUCAAGCAUUUUUACCCUUCUUCUUCUCCACAGUUUUGCAGUGUAAAUGAAGAGUGGAUAAAAUGGCACGUGCUUUAACAUUCGCGCUGUAAAAAAAUAAUAAAAUAAAAAAGAAGAAAGAAAAACAAAAAAAACAAUUGUGAUAUAUUUUUCCACUUUGCUGGGGAUUUUUUGCCUCCGUAUUUUCACUGUUAUUAGGGGGGACCGGAUAAACUGUGCCCUCUUCAGAAUCUAUUCCCUCGGAUCCUGAUAAAGUGCUUGAAAGGUGCGGAUGGAUUUUCGUUGCAGUUGUCGCGGGGAGGUUUGCUCAAGCUGAGACGGCGAUUUUUUCCCCUCUGAUUUCUUGCAGCGACCAAACAUCUUAGAGGAUAAUAAGGCGAGCCAGCGGCUGAAGUCCACCACCAUGAUGUCAGAAAGGUGUGGCGACUGUGAAUGAGCUGCAGGUCCCCCCCAAUUCCACGCCUUACUGAAUCGACGCCCAGGCCCCCCACCAAUGAAUUAUGAAUGUUGAACAAGAUGACAUCGUCCCCACUGCAGAGGAUGAGAGGGCCUAAGUGGAACGGGGCCCCCUCCGACCCUUUCUUUGUGCUGCUGUUGGCCCUCCAGCUGCUGGUGGUGGCCGGCCUGGUGCGUGCCCAGACCUGCCCCUCCGUCUGCUCCUGCAGCAACCAGUUCAGCAAGGUGAUCUGCACCCGCCGGGGUCUGCGGGAGGUGCCCGACGGCAUCUCCACCAACACCCGCUACCUGAACCUGCAGGAGAACCUGAUCCAGGUCAUCAAGGUGGACAGCUUCAAGCACCUGCGGCACCUGGAGAUCCUGCAGCUCAGCAAGAACCACAUCCGCAACAUCGAGAUCGGCGCCUUCAAUGGGCUGGCCAGCCUCAACACCCUGGAGCUCUUCGACAACCGGCUCACCACCAUCCCCAACGGGGCCUUCGAGUACCUGUCCAAGCUGAAGGAGCUGUGGCUGCGGAACAACCCCAUCGAGAGCAUCCCCUCCUACGCCUUCAACCGCGUGCCGUCGCUGCGGCGGCUGGACCUGGGCGAGCUCAAGCGACUCUCCUACAUCUCCGAGGGGGCCUUCGAGGGCCUGAGCAACCUGCGCUACCUGAACCUGGGCAUGUGCAACCUGAAGGAGAUCCCCAACCUCAUCCCCCUGGUCCGGCUCGACGAGCUGGAGAUGUCGGGCAACCAGCUGUCCGUCAUCCGCCCGGGCUCCUUCAAAGGGCUCAUCCACCUGCAGAAGCUGUGGAUGAUGCACGCCCAGAUCCAGACCAUCGAGAGGAACUCCUUCGAUGACCUGCAGUCGCUGGUGGAGCUCAACCUGGCCCACAACAACCUCACCCUGCUGCCCCACGACCUCUUCACCCCCCUGCACCACCUGGAGCGGGUGCACCUGCACCACAACCCCUGGAACUGCAACUGCGACAUCCUCUGGCUCAGCUGGUGGCUGAAGGAGAUGGUGCCGGCCAACACCAGCUGCUGCGCCCGCUGCAGUUCCCCAGCGAGCCACAAGGGGCGCUACAUCGGGGAGCUGGACCAGAACUAUUUUCACUGCUACGCGCCGGUGAUCGUGGAGCCGCCCGCGGACCUGAACGUGACGGAGGGCAUGGCGGCGGAGCUGAAGUGCCGGGCCAGCUCGCUGACCUCCGUCAGCUGGAUCACGCCCAACGGCUCCAUCAUGACGCACGGCGCCUACAAGGUGCGCAUCUCGGUGCUCAACGACGGGACGCUGAACUUCACCAACGUCACCAUGCAGGACACGGGCACCUACACCUGCAUGGUGAGCAACUCGGCGGGCAACACCACGGCCUCCGCCACGCUCAACGUCUCCUCCACCGAGAACAGCUUCAGCUACUUCACCACCGUCACCGUGGAGACCAUCGAGCCCGGCCACGACGACGGGCGGACGACGGUGCAGCAGAGCGUGGGCCCCACCCCGUCCUCUGGCUGGGACUCGCCCUCCUCGGCCACCAGCACCACCGCCCGGACCUCGCUCUCCACCAAGACCACGGAGAAGACCUACACCAUCCCCGUGACGGAGAUCGACGGCGCCCUCAACGGGCUGGACGAGGUGAUGAAGACCACCAAGAUCAUCAUCGGCUGCUUCGUGGCCAUCACCCUGAUGGCCGCCGUCAUGCUCAUCAUCUUCUACAAGAUGCGCAAGCAGCACCACCAGCAGAACCACCACGCCCCGACCCGGACCAUCGAGAUCAUCAACGUGGACGAGGAGCUGACCGGGGGGCCCGCCAUGGAUAGUCACCUGACCCUGCCUCCCCUGGAGCAUGAGCACCUCAACCACUACAACUCCUACAAGACUGCGUACAACCACGCCUCCACCAUCAACUCCAUACACAGCUCCGCGCAUGAACCUUUGCUAAUCCGGGCCAGCUCCAAGGACAAUGUACAAGAGACCCAAAUAUAACUCUGUUUCAACAUAGACGAUAUAAUGACAACAAGACAGACAAACAAACAUAAAACAAAAUGAAAUGAGACACAAACAAACACACAAAAAAAACUAAAACAUUAUUAAUAAUAUGAUGAGGAGCGAAAAUAAAAAA